AUGUCUGAUUUUAGUGGCAUUGAUCUUACUGGAAAGACUGCUCUAGUCACUGGCUCCUCCCGUGGUAUCGGGGCAGGGAUUGCAGUCCUUCUUGGUAAACGAGGUGCUAAUGUUGUGGUAAACUAUGUUUCCGAAGGGAGCAAGUCAAAGGCAGAGCAGGUUGCUGCCGAUAUUCAGGCCGUUGGCUCGAAAGCAUCCGUUUGCCAAGCAUCCGUCAGUACCAUGGAGGACAUUCCCAAAUUGAUCGAAGCUGCUGUGGCAUUGAGUCCAAACAACAAAAUCGAUAUUUUGGUUCAUAAUGCGGCACAAGGUCUCGAAGCCGAUAUUGAAGACAUCACCUUGGAAUUUUACAAUCAGCACUUCGAUUGCAAUGUACGGGGACCUCUCUUCCUGACACAGGCAUCGCUGCCACAUAUGGGCAGUGGUGGUAGAAUUGUAUUGAUCUCUUCGGCUGCUGCUCGAAUGGCUGUUCCACAGCAAACUGUUUAUGCAGCGACGAAGGCCGCGAACGAAUCAUUCUGUCGCGUUUGGGCAAAAGAGCUUGGCCAGAAGUAUGGCGUGACCGUCAAUUGUAUCAAUCCAGGCCCUAUUGCUACUGGUAAGCGCUCCUGCAAAGCCUUUUAUAUCGCUCUUCUAACAAGGAAAUUUUGCGAAGAUCAAUGGUUCCAGAGUGAUGAGAAAUUUUUGCGAGAGAUGGAGCCACUGAUCAAUUCAACCCCAGCUGCCGCUCGAGUUGGUGAAGUGGAUGACGUUGCCCCUCUGGUUGCAUUCCUAUGCUCAGACGAUGCUAGAUGGACUACUGGAUCCGUUUUAUCGGCUAAUGGAGGCUUGUGUCUCUUCUGA